AUGUCCCGUGCACGCGCGCGCCCGCGCGCGCCUGCGCCGUCCCACGCGCGCACACCACCCGCAUCCCGCGUCGCGGCCAUUCUCGGCUCCUGCUGCCACAUCGCGCUCCGCCUCGUCCACCCGCAGCUGCGACCGCUCCGGCUACUCGCCGCUCGUCCGCGCGUGUGCGCUGCACCGCUGCUCGCCGGCGCUGCUGCGGCCUCGCCGGCCCGCGCCGCCUCAUCCCCUGCUCUCCCCGCUCCGGCGCCCGCCCGCUGCCUGCCCCGCUCCCACCGUGGCCUGGCCCGGCCACUCUGUGCUCUCGACCCCGCCUGUCCUCGUCGUCACGCCCGCCGUUCGCUCGCCGUCGCCGCCAACCGUGGCCCCGGCCGGUCGGCGCCCCGGGGCUCUGCCCGCCGCGCUAGGUUAUUUAGUUAA